CAGCACACAUUAAAAGGUUGACCAAGGCCUGGUGUUAUUCCAGGACAAAUAAAUGUUUAACAAACAAACUUCGAAUAAGUUUUCCUAGAUUUCUAGAAGUAGUUAAAAGUUCCCCUAAUUGUAGAAUCACUCAUAAAUAAAUUCAAUUAAAGAUUAAAUAUCACUAUAUAAUUUGGGAAGGAUAUUUGUAUAAAAACUUUUUUUUGUAAAUUCACAUAAAUUCGCUGUCUUAUUCGCCAAAUUCAAGACUCCUUAAAUUUGGGUUUGGAAUCGCUGCAUUUGCAACGGUUUUAUCUGGGUGUGUGAAAUUAAAACGGGUCGUUAAUUUCCUCAGUUAGUGUCACGGGUUGUGGGGGGUCAUAUGUAAAGCACCAACCCGGCGACAACAUCGGGUGCCACAUUUUGGUGGUCUUGAACAUCCAUUGCACCUUUGCGCAACAGCCGCUUCUCCGCCGAGAGGUCCUCGCGGUGCACAAAGGCAGCUUCCGAGAGGGCAGCGUCAGCGCGAGAGGCGAGAGAAACAACCUCCGGACCGCGUCCGACCAUCCUAACUCGAAAGCCAGCGUUGUAUUUCCAAAAGGGCUUCUGAGAUGGAGGCUACUAACAGCGAAGAGCAGGGAAGCCUGACCAGUGACAAAUGCUGCCAGACUGAGACACUUCAGGCCUGCUGUUGCCAAACAACAGAAGCCCCUCAAGAGCCUUGUGGCAAAAAUCCAGUGCAUUCGAUUGAACCCGGUGAUCCACCCCUGCUUCAACAGCAGCUCCAGACCUCCAAGUCAGGAAUCCUUCAAAUCAUUGAGUGUUUUCGCUCAGGUACAACUCAACUCAAACACAUGCUGUUGAAGGAGGUUGACACCAUAUUUGAGUGCAAAAUCUGUCGAAGUCUGUUCCGUGGCCUACCAAAUCUGGUCACUCACAAGGAGCUCUACUGCUGUUCCCGACAACCUCAGUCAGAUGAGCCUUCACAAGGUGGGCAGAGCCAAGCCAUCAAAGAACUUCUUCAAGCCAUCUAUCCACAGAAAGAACAAGAAAAACAUGUCAUUCAGCUGGAGGCCAUUGAGACCAACCCCAAUGCAGUGUUUCAACAAGUGGCACUAGUGGAAAUUCAAGACACACCAGAAACCCCAGCCCCUACCCCCGAGACUGCGAUCCCAUUACCUGAGAAGAAAAAUCGCCGCAAAUCUCUUUUGGCACCUAAAAAGGUCCAACAGUCAGAUUUUGAGGACGAGAUGGAAACUGAACCUGAAGAACCACCUGCUAAAGAAGGUAAGAGCUGCGAAGAGCAAAUAAAGAUUGAGCCAGUAGAAGGGGAGGAAGAAGAAGAGGAGAGUGCCGCCUCUGAGAUAAAGGAGAUGAGGAUCUCUUGCUGUCUCUGUGGAAAAGACUUCAGCUCCAGACGCAGCGUGCGACGCCACUGCCGAAAAAUGCAUUGGCAGCGGAUGGAGGAGUUGCGCAAAUUUACUGAGACGCGCACCGUUCCCACCAGCUUGCUGUCUAUGGUGAAGGACAAGCAUCCUGUUGAACCACCACCUUCUCCAGGAAAGAGCUGCCCAGUGUGCAAAAAGUCCUUUGCCACCAAAGCCAAUGUUCGUCGCCACUUUGACGAGGUCCACCGUGGCUUAAAGCGGGAUUUGAUCACACCGGACAUUGCCACAAGACCAGGCCAACCUCUUUUACUUGACACUCAUCCUCCUUCUCCAGCGAAAGCUCCAAGCUCUCCUCUGAAGCAAGAUAAGGCACAGUACAACCUGACAAAUUGUCGCUGCAAGCUGUGCAAACGCAAGUACAGCUCUCAAAUAAUGCUUAGGCGGCACAUGCGAAUCGUUCAUAAGAUGCCUGUUCUAGAAAACAGCUCUCAGAAGGCCAAAUCGAAGCACGAGAAAAAAGAUAAGGUUUACGCAAAGAAAGAGUCUCUCUCAAAAGCUUCAGAGGAAGAGGGAAACCACGGUGUGAGUUUUGACUUCAAGAGGAUCUACUGCUGGCUGUGUAAACGUCAGUUCAGUACCAGUCAGAACCUGGGCAAGCACAUUGCCGAGCUGCACACCGAUGGAAAUGACAGCAUCUACAUCAAGUUUUACCGCUGCCCCAUCUGCAGAUACGAGUCACGCCGGAAGCGUGACGUCAUCCGCCAUAUCACAGUGGUGCACAAGAAGUCGUCACGCUAUCUGGCUAAGGUUAUGCCUGCCUUGGAGAACCAGGCUGUGAAGAAACCAGCCGAUGCAAUCUUGAACAACUCAAACAAGAAAACAAAUUCAAAAGAAGAGGGUAGCGGGAAGCAUAAAACGCAAGACCCACCGGCUUCCCCUAACAGUCAUCAACAAGAUCCUCUCAUAUCUCCCAAAACAAAGAAACAAGAAUCUCCAACAUCCCCCAACACUCGAAAGCAUUCUGCUCUAACGUCGCUUAACACAGGCAAACUCGAGUCUCCACUCACACCAAAUAGGCAAGACAAGAACCUUCAAGCAGCCAAGAACCCGCAUGUCACUCGCAGUCAUAAUGUUAUCAAGGGGCCACCCAUCACCAGAAGCCAGGAGACCUGCACUGAGGUUAGGGUAACAAAAAACUUUUCCCUCCACGCAUGCGAUAUGUGUGGCCGGGCAUUUGCCAAAAAGGUCUACCUUGAGACACACAGGCGGAGACACAGAACUGCCAUCGCAAGUGGGGACAAAUUACAAGGAAGAAGCACUCGAUCAAAGGCCCUCAUUUGAUUUUUUUUUUCUCAGAAUACGUAGCACAUUUGCACUGGAUUCCAUGGAUGGGUUUAUCUCCAUGCGAAAGAAGAGGAAGGAAUAUGGACAGACUUAUGGGUAGAAAAAAAAAAAAAGGAUAACCUUUGCAUAAAGGGGGUGAAUGAGUCAAGAAAGAAGUGCACCAAAAAUAUUGUUCCAGCUUUUUACCCUGGAGGGCGCUGUAGUAAAAGAAACGGUGUCCGAUCUUCAUUUGAUUUUGAAUGAGUUUUGACUGAUUACUAGUUUUGGCAAAAUGUUUAAAGUAAACAACUCUCAAAAUGAAUUUCGAUUAAUUUGUUAAUGGAUUAUACCACUAUAUUUUGUAUUCUCUCCGACAGUUUAAAAAUACACAGAAUGUUUCAUAAACGGACAAUGGGCUCAGUGUAAAAUACAUAGGAGGUUGAUCUGUAUAUGAACAGCAUGUCUAACUAAUGUUAAAUAUUCAUAAGUAGAUAAGUUAAUGUAACCGCUUCAUAUUUUCCUGCCAUGUGUUCACCUCUCUAAUCAACUAUGGAUUGAAAUGCUGCUAAUUUGUUAGAAAUGUUAGAAAUGUACUUAUAUUUCUUCUACCCUUUAAAGUCGAAGCCUACAUAUUAAGCUGCUCAGGAUGUCUUAAUUGAGAGCCCAGAUAUUUUUAACCGCUUAAACUUUGUGUUUGUCUUUAACAAAAAGUUGCAACUGUGACUAAAACGAAAUAGAAUACUACUGUAUUUUAGUUUGGUAGCCUACUAAUAACUGAAGCUAAGGAGAAAAUAAUUUUCAAGUUUUAGUAGAUGGCUCUCAUCGUUGCUUUCAAGUAUAAAUAGGUAUAAUGAAGCUUUUGAGCAAGUAAAUUGCAAGUACAAUUCCUUUUAGUUGGGGUGCAUGCAGAAUGCUUUGAACCGUUUGUUUGUGUAUAAUAGGGCUUUUUCCAAAUGCCAUAGUUCCUUUCUGAUGCACACUUCUUUUUUUUUUUUUUUUUUUUUGCAAAAUCCUGGUAUAUCCUUGCUUGCAGUAGGAUUUUUUUGUUCAAAUAAAGAAAAUAAACACAUUGUUUGUCAAGUUUACUUCUAUAUAUUAUACUAAGACAUGAAGG